UCGCAACAAGAAUAAUGGUUAUCCCCAUUACCACCAGUUACACUUUGAACGACUUCAUGGAGUUCCCCAAUUUGGCCUUCAAAUUGGCCUUUAUAAAACCGUUUCGCAGGCCUCACGAAACUAAACCAACAAUUCUGGCUUGGAUAUUAUUUUCGAUUGGAGCUGGAAAUUUGGUUUAUCAAAAUUUCGGAAUGUUGAUUGCAAUGAUAUUUACCAAAAAUGAUUCAAUAGAUAUUGUUCUUAUAAUUUCUGAAACCGGUUCAAUUCUGGGCUUGGCUAUGGUGGCUCUUUGCAAGAUGACAAUACUUUUUGCCUAUCGCAAGGAUAUUUUGAGUAUCCUCGAAGAGCUUGAGAAUUAUUUCCCUGGUGUUUUGAAGGUACACCGUUGUUGUCGGCGAAUUCAAUACCGAGUGAAGUAUUUUGCAGAAUUCUCCAGGAAAAUGAUGAAGAUUACUACGAUAUUUUUUAUGUUUGCAUUUCUGGUCUAUAAUCUUAUACCCGUUGGGCAAUCUUUGAUUGAGUGGUUGGUAUUUGGACUUCAUUUUCAAUAUCGUUAUCAAUCUAAUACAUGGUAUCCGUGGAAUGGAAAUACGGUUAUAAGAUAUACGUUGAGUUAUGUUUGUCAAGUUUAUUCGUCUUUGGCAGGAGUUGCAUUUAUAAUGGCUGGAGAGUUUAUGUUGUGUUUUUUCUUAACUCAAAUGCGAAUGCAUUUUGAUUUCUUGGCAAGAGCUCUAGAAUCGCUGGAUGCUGUUGAGGUUGAAGCUGACCCGGGAUGUAUGAAUUUUCUGAUUCAAUACCAUACAACAUUGAUAAGAUUGACUACAGAGAUAAAUCAUAUAUUUAACAUUUCAUUUUGUGUCAAUUUUGCAACUUCUUCAGUUGCAAUUUGCUUGAUGGGGUGUUCGAUGGUUAUGGGAAUCAGUUUGAUAAGCGCAGUUCGGUAUUCAAUUGGUUUGUUAUCGUUUUUGGUGUUUACUUUGUUCAUUUGUUACAAUGGAAGUAUAUUUACUCAAACGAGUGCAAAACUACAUUCUGCAGCUUUCUAUCAUAAUUGGUAUGAUGCGAGUCCAAAAUAUAGAAAAACUAUUUUGAUAAUCAUAAUGAGAGCAGCCAAACCCUCCGAACUGCAGGCAUAUAAAUUUUCCAAAGUCUCAAUGGAAACAUUUAUGGAUAUUCUUAAAUUUUCAUAUAAGCUUUUCACAUUUUUCCGAGCUAUGGAAUAAAUGCUACAUUGCUUACUACCAACAAAUCAUAUUAUAUUUUCAAAAGGUAGAAGUAGUCAUGUGUGAUAGUAAAGUUUAACUUAUGAGUGUUCUUAAUCUCAUUUAAAAAAAAAUAAGGUUAUCAAAAUAAAAUUAGGCACAUAUUUAACCUUUUACUCUUAUUCUAGUAGUGAAUUUUGUUAUUUAAUAAUAGUAAUAAAUUACACAUUAUACACAAGCGUUGUUGAUGCAGUUUUAUUAACACAGAACAUACACACUUUUGAUGAUUUUUCAACAAUAAAACAAAACAAAUGACAUUUAAUUUUUAAUAAAACCUGUCAAAAUAUAGAUUUUUAUAUUUAU